CUCUCUCUUUCUUUCUUUCAACCGGAAGUGGCGUCAGGCUGCGUCAUCACGCUGUGCCUACGCUCCGCUGAACGAGGCAGGUUUGUUUUCGGUUUGUGCUCAUGGUGGUUUCCUGAAUGACGGAGCUGCUCUGAACUGACUGCAAGUGAAGCGGUUUGGCGCAGAGACCAGUUUUCACUGUGACCAGACGAACACACAGGAAUUAACAGAAUGUCUUCUCCGGAGCCCAUCAUCAGAUCAAGACAGACACAGAAAGACGUUAAUGGAGUUUCAACGCAGGUCGUCUGUACGGAGUUCAGUAAUUACAUAUUCAUAGUUCUCACUCAGUACGGCAAAAUCGGGAGUUUGAUAUCUGUCACACCUGACUCCAGAUCCAAUGAUAUCAGCACCCCAACUUUCUCCACCAAGGUGCUGCUGGGCAAAGAUGAGCCUCUGACACAUGUCUGUGCCAAAAACUUGGCGACGUUCGUUUCGCAGGAAGCCGGCAACAGGCCUGUCUUACUGGGACUGGCAUUGAAGGAUUCGUCCCUAGAUUCAAUAAAACAAAUGAAAGACAUCAUCCAAAGCUGUAAGGUCUGGUAGGAAGUCAACAAAAUGUACACUUCUGGCCACCUUGAUGCCACAAAUGUCAUAUUUUUCUUUUGCCUCUUUUUAAGUUUAAAGGAUUCUAAUCAAUGCCAGUAUUUCAUAAAACAAAAAGAAAACCAAAGGACUUGUGCCUCAUGAUGGAAAUGUAUACAUCUGAUUUCAUCCGCUCUUAUCCUUUAGAUUUAUUCAGAUAGGAAGAAACGUCUUAUGGAAAACAAUUAAGAGUUAAUCUGGUUUUAAGGGUGUGUUCGCUCUACACCUCUGUGCUCUCAAAAAGUGAGGAAUGUGCAAAGACUUCACAGAAAAUGAUUCAAUUUAAUCACAGACCCUGCAUUUAAUUUUAUAAUCUGUUAUACUUUAUACUGUUAAUAUGUCUGUAUUGUCCAAUGCAAAUAGUCUUCAAUUGUGUCUUGAUGCAGAACUUCGAAAUAAAACUGGUCACUUUCUCAA